AUUGCAUCAAGAAUGCUAGGACGGUUGGGUUGGCCCUGCUUACGUUAUAAUUAUAUUCUUUGUAUCGCUAAAUGUCUAUCUCGACAUUUUCUGUAUGCUGAUUUCCUGGCACUAACUUUGCAGGAAAUGUUAGGUUAUACCCCUUGUUGUAACGAAUACAAGCAGUGUAUCGUAUAUAUACACAUGUAUCAAUGGAGCACCCAAACCUUCAAACAAACUCUUUUUGGAGCUUAUUAAAUGACGUUUUCUAAACUACUCUUCUUCCAGAUUUCUCUGUACCUGGUGUCUGGUAUCUUACUACUGACCAGCAGUCUUGCAACAACUUCUACAGUGCCUCCCAAGACGCAACAUAUUGCAGAUGAAACUGUGAACCCCAUCUACCAGGAGGCUCCACAGCAGCACACUGAAGUUGAAAGCCACGGCCAUAGGAACAAUGUUCCUUUUGGUGCUGCUCACUUCCACGACUGCGCAUCCCUCUUCCCUCUACUCUACUGGACCAACGCCAUGCAGAACGGAGUCUUCUCCAUCCAAACUAGUACUGGGUCUUCCACCGACCACUUUGAUGUCUACUGUGACAUGACUACAGAUAGUGGGGGCUGGACUGUCAUACAGAGGAGGAUCAACGGGACUCUUAACUUUGACAGGCGUUGGGCGGACUACAAGAACGGGUUUGGGAGGGUCGAGGGGGAACACUGGCUUGGACUGGAUAAAAUUCACAACCUGACAUCCCAGAAUAGCUAUGAGUUGUAUGUGGAGUUAGAGGAUUGGGAAGGAAACUUUGCACAUGCUAAAUACGAUACCUUCAGCAUUGGGGAUGAGAGUGCAGAUUAUACACUGAACAUUGGGGGGUACAGUGGGGAUGCUGGAGACUCUAUGAACAGCCAAUACAAUAACGGUAGGAAAUUCAGCGCUAGAGAGACAGACAAUGAUGAGGCUGGCCAUGAUUGUGCUCAGUUGUUCUCAGGUGGUUGGUGGUACAGCAACUGUGGUUACUCUGCCCUGAACGCAGCCUACUUCCAGCCAGAGGACUACCAUGGGGCUGAUACAGGGUACGGUGUUCUCUGGUACCAUUGGAAAAACAGCCUGUACUCCCCACUAAAAGCCACCAAGAUGAUGGUCCGUCCUCGCAACUUUGUCCAAAAGCUACUCUUAUGUAAUUAUAGCUAGUAGCACCCUUUCAAUACAAUGUCAACACUUAGUCU